GGGACGCCAGCAGUACUUUCUGUCGCUGCCUCUCUGUGCGUCCUGUGCGGCAGCAGCGCGAGGAGACGCGGAUAAACCUGGACCCUUUCAGAGCCAUAUGAGGGAACCCAACCGGGCCAUCUGAACAGAUAAAACGUAGUGUGCCUGCGCUGACUGGAGGUAAGCCAUGGAGGAUGGGAAGCCAGUGUGGGCGCCCCACCCCACAGACGGGUUCCAGCUGGGAAUGAUCGUUGACAUAGGAGCCGAUACGCUCACCAUAGAACCACUGAACCAGAAGGGCAAGACGCUUCUUGCUCCGAUGAGCCAGGUCUUCCCAGCAGAGGAUGACGUCAACAAAAUUGUCGAUGACAACUGUUCUCUUAUGUACCUAAAUGAAGCCACUCUCCUCAACAACGUCAGAGUCCGAUACAAUAAGGACCAUAUUUACACUUAUGUGGCAAAUAUCCUGAUAGCUGUUAAUCCUUACUAUGAGGUACCAAAACUCUACGGUCCUGAUGCCAUCAAGUCCUACCAAGGAAAAUCCCUGGGAACUCUGCCACCCCACGUCUAUGCUAUAGCGGAUAAAGCCUACAGAGACAUGAAGGUUUUAAAGAUCAGCCAAUCCAUCAUAGUGUCUGGUGAAUCUGGUGCUGGAAAGACGGAAAACACAAAGUUUGUUCUCAGGUACCUGACAACAACAUAUGGCAGCGGUCAAGAUAUUGAUGAAAGAAUUGUAGAAGCCAAUCCUCUUCUGGAGGCGUUUGGAAAUGCAAAAACUGUCCGGAAUAACAACAGCAGUCGCUUUGGGAAGUUUGUAGAAAUUCACUUUAAUGACAAGAAUGCUGUUGUGGGUGGAUUCGUCUCCCAUUACUUGUUGGAGAAAUCCAGGAUCUGUAUGCAAAGCAAUGAGGAGAGGAACUACCACAUCUUCUACAGGCUUUGUGCCGGGGCGUCCGAGGACCUGAAGAAGACUUUACACCUGGACUCUCCUGAUAAGUUCAGGUACCUGAACCGAGGAUGUACCAGAUACUUCGCCAGCAAGGACUCUGAUAAACAAAUCUUACAGAGCCGCAAGAGUGCUGAGCAUGUAAAGGCAGGUGCUCUCAAAGACCCGCUUCUGGACGACCAGGGAGACUUUAACAGGAUGUGCGGGGCCAUGAAGAAGAUCGGCCUGAAUGACACAGAGAAACUGGACCUUUUCAGGGUCGUCGCGGGAGUUCUGCAUCUGGGAAACAUCGACUUUGAAGAAACUGGGAGCUCCUCAGGUGGUUGCAUCCUUAAGAAAGAGUCAGACCAGAAUCUGAAGUACUGUGCUGAGUUGUUGGGCCUGGACCAGGACGAUUUGCGAGUCAGCCUCACAACUAGAGUCAUGCUCACUACAGCAGGGGGCGCCAAAGGCACAGUUAUCAAGGUGCCUCUAAAGGUGGAGCAGGCCAACAAUGCUCGGGACGCCCUGGCCAAGGCGGUGUACAGCCGCCUCUUCGAUCAUGUGGUGAAACGCGUCAACCAGUGCUUCCCUUUCCAGACUUCCUCUAACUUCAUUGGAGUGUUGGACAUUGCUGGGUUUGAGUACUUUGAGCACAACAGCUUUGAACAAUUCUGCAUUAAUUAUUGCAAUGAGAAACUGCAACAGUUCUUCAACGAGCGGAUUCUCAAAGAGGAGCAAGAGCUGUAUCAAAAGGAAGGGCUGGGGGUGAAUGAGGUGCAUUAUGUCGACAACCAGGACUGUAUUGAUCUUGUGGAGGCAAAGUUGGUGGGAAUCCUGGACAUUCUGGAUGAAGAGAACCGCCUCCCUCAGCCCAGUGAUCAACACUUUACAUUGGCCGUCCAGAGCAAGCACAAGGACCACUUCAGACUGACGGUUCCCAGGAAGUCGAAGUUGGCCAUCCACAGAAAUCUUCGGGAUGACGAGGGUUUUAUGAUCAGGCACUUCGCUGGAGCUGUCUGCUAUGAAACGACGCGGUUCGUGGAGAAGAAUAAUGACGCCCUCCACAUGUCCUUGGAGAGUUUGGUGUGUGAAUCAAAAGACAAAUUUGUUCGCGAGCUGUUUGAGAACACCAGCACCUCCAAGGACUCCAAACAGAAGGCGGGUAAACUCGGCUUCAUCAGCGUUGGCAACAAAUUCAAGACACAACUAAACCUGCUCCUUGAGAAGCUUCGCAGCACUGGCUCAAGUUUCAUUCGCUGUGUGAAACCCAACCUUAAGAUGGUCAGUCAUCAGUUUGAAGGAGCUCUAAUUCUCUCACAGCUGCAAUGCUCAGGAAUGGUGUCAGUUUUGGACCUGAUGCAGGGUGGGUUCCCCUCCAGAGCUCCCUUCCACGAGCUCUACAAUAUGUAUAAAGCAUAUAUGCCUGACAAACUUACACGACUGAAUCCACGACUCUUCUGCAAGGCCUUGUUCAAAGCUUUGGGACUUAAUGAUAAUGACUUCAAGUUUGGAUUAACGAAAGUGUUCUUCCGCCCAGGAAAGUUUGCAGAAUUUGACCAGAUCAUGAAGUCGGAUCCAGAACAUCUCGCAGAGCUGCUGAAGAAAGUCAACAAGUGGUUGUUGUGCAGUUGUUGGAAGAAGGUCCAGUGGUGCUGCCUGUCUGUCAUCAAAUUGAGGAAUAAAAUGCAGUACAGAGCUUUGGCUUGCAUUAAGAUACAAAAGACUGUCCGCAUGUGGCUGUGUAAGAAGAAGCAUAAGCCGCGGAUUGAAGGUCUGGUGAAAGUCCAAAAGCUGAAGAAACACAUAGAGCGCUUCAACGAAGUGGUGAAUGGCCUCAAAGAAGGAAAACAGGAGAUGGCCAAACAAGUUGGACAGCUGUCUGCUGCCAUAGAUGCUCUCUCAGCAAAAAUAAAGGCAAAGGUGAUAACCUGGAAAGAGAUCAACGCAGAGUACCAGGGGCUGGUGAAACGCUCUGAACAGCUUCUAUCGUCCAUGCAAAAGAAGAAGAGGGAAGAGGAAGAGACAGAAAGACUGAAACACAUCGAGCAGGAGAUGGAGAAAGAGAGGAGGAGGAGGGAGGAGGAAGAGCAGAGACGUAGACAGGAGGAAGAGGACAGGAGACUCAAAGCAGAGAUGGAAGCAAAAAGAAAGCAGGAAGAGGAAGAACGAAAAAAGAGAAAGGAAGAGGAGAAAGUUAUUCAGGCAGAAGUGGAAGCACAGUUGGCUCUGGAGCGCGAGGAGCAGGUCCAGCGUUCUGCCGUAUUAGAACAGGAGAGAAGAGACAGGGAGUUAGCCAUGAGAAUCGCUCAAAGUGAGGCUGAACUCAUCAGUGAAGAGGGCCAGCUGGAUGCCGCCCUGCGCAGUGAUGACUUCUAUUUAGGUCUUCCUAUUUCUUCAUCCUCAGCCAGAGUCAUAGGUCCUCAGGUGCAGGCCACCAAAGCUGCUGCUGGUGUGAAAAAGUAUGAUCUCAGCAAGUGGAAGUAUGCUGAGCUGCGAGAUGUCAUCAACACUUCCUGUGACAUUGACCUGCUGGCAGCCUGCAGAGAGGAAUUUCACCGUCGUCUGAAGGUUUACCAUGCCUGGAAGUCCAAGAACAAGAAACAGAAUGACGACGGGAGUGACAUGAGGGCUCCUAAAUCCAUCACUGACUAUGCUGAACAGAACCCAGCUCCUCCAACAACAACCCAGCAUCACGAAGUUGCAAUGAACCGACAGCAGCGUUACUUUCGAAUUCCUUUCAUCCGGCCCGCUGACCAGUACAAGGACCCCCAGAAUAAGAAGAAGGGCUGGUGGUAUGCUCACUUUGAUGGGCCUUGGAUCGCCAGACAGAUGGAGCUUCAUCCAGAUAAACAGCCCAUUGUGUUGGUUGCAGGUAAAGAUGAUAUGGAGAUGUGUGAGCUGAGUCUGGAGGAGACGGGUCUGACCAGGAAGAGAGGAGCUGAGAUCCUUCCCAGGCAGUUUGAGGAAAUCUGGGAGCGCUGUGACGGGAUUCAGUACCUAAAGAAAGCGAUAGAGAACAAGCAGGCCCGCCCAACACACGCCACCGCCAUGCUGCAAAGUCUUCUUAAGUGAUCCCGCUCACCCUGAAACACAAUACUGAUGCUUCUGCACACUCACGGGCAGCACACUGUCUCUGUGGUUUGUGGGGUCGUUAGGAAAUGACCACAGAUGCUGCCUGCACAAUCUUUUAAUCUUUUAGCAAUUUGCUCACUUGAUAUGGAUUCUUAUUACUGGUUUUAUUUUUUAAUAUUUUGCAGUGAAACACUUUUAGUUGUGUUAGCAAUCUGGUAGUAAUUUAAAAUAGUCUGUGCAGAAAUGAAAAAGCCCACCCUAAGGCCUUAAAUUGCUGUAAAGUUGCACCACAGAAGUCUUAAUUGAUUCAUUCUUUGUAGCUCUAAACUUAAAACCCAAAUUAUGACACAGAAUUAGAUGUUUAAAGAGUUUUAACUGUCUUGUGAUGCCAUAAAAUCCAUGCUUUUAAUUUUUGUGUCCAUAAAGGAAGACAGUCACAGUUAAGACAGAAAUAUGUGAUGAUGUGAAUUUUUUUACACAAAAUCCAAUUCUCAUUCUUAAAACAAGCUGACGCUGACUAUAUUGGAUCAUUUGAUGUCAUCAUGUAUGGAAGAUUUCAUGUAAUGCUGCAGAAAUGUGAUGCCUUUGAGGAAUAAAAAUCAUUUAUUUUUCCUGGCUAGACACGUUGUGACUCUUUAGUCCUUUUUAGUGAUGCUGAUUUCAAAUGGAAGGGGAGGUGUUUUCAUGUUUGCAGUUUUGUGCAUACAGAGUUGUUCUACAGCUUAUAAUGUUAUCGGCGUUUGCGUUACGAUUUUUCUUUCUUUUUUUUUCAAUGGUUAAGGGAAAGUGACCUAUCAUUUAUCUAUAAAAUUUUAAGACAACUGAACAUCUCCUGUAUGAUGGCCUUUUUCUCUGGAAAAAAAAAAGAAAAUAAACAUUUCUGAAAUAUG